CAAUUACAUAGUUACGAAUACAAAGACUACCAACCCAAUCUGUAAGAUGAAUAUCACAUCUAAACCGAAAUACGUUGUGACCACUCAAUCAAUGCAAGACAUAACGAUACAAGAAACGAGCCAAAUAGCCCAGACCAUUACCGCCACAAGUUUAACUGCUAAAACCGAGGAGUUCACCUAUAAUUCAGCUACAUCAAGUCAAGUAUCAAUCAUCCUUCCAUCCGCCACUGAAGACCAGAAUCAGUAUACUUCUGCAAUGACAAGAAGAUUUGAAUUAAACAAUGUACAGGAGAAGAAAUCAGUGGUUGUUAGAAGUAGAAUAGAAUGUGCUGCAUUUGCUCUCCGUGAAAAAUCAACUUCACUCAAAUACAACGAAGAUAGUAAAAUAUGCACCAUCUACGAUGGAAGCAGCGGCAACAAUAUCCAAUGUCAGGAUAAUAAGUGGUGUUACUCUAACAUUUAAGAAGCCAUUGGGAUUGUUAUGGUUUAUAUUGCAGUUAAUGAUAUUUCACCCCAACAUUAGUCGAAACAUACAGUGAAUUAACUUCGCCGAGGUAUUCAAAAAGUUUCGCGAGCAGUAGAAAUUGCUUGUGGUAAU